UAUAUAGACAAUGUAUGUAUAUACAAACUGUAUGUAUAAAGUUGUCUUCUUCCUACGAAAUUUUCCACUCCACGACGAUCAGGUCCACAUCACACCACCCUUCUUCUUCUUCUUCUUCUUCGUAUCGACAAUUUGGGUAUCUGUGUUCUUCGUAAUGCGUGCUCUGCUCUUCCUAUGAUUGAGGCACCACCAUCAACAUAUAUCAUAUACAUAUAUAUAGAGAACUUUUUCUCUUUCUAUGUACUGUACUAUAACAGUCCAUAACCAAUAACCCAGAAAAGUUUUUGCCUUUCACUUUCAUUCUCUGCCAUCUAGAGAGAAAAACCAAGAUAGCAUAUAUUGGCGCACCAUCAUCAAUUCAUCAUACACAUGUAUUGGCGCUCUCUUUCUCUUUCUAGCUACUGUUCUAUCUUAGUCCAUUACAAACAACCCAGAAGUUUUUGUCUUUCGCUUUCGAUUUCUGCCAUCUAGAGAGAGAAAUGUCUGUAUGUGUGUGUGAAAGAGUAGAAAUUAGAGGAGAGAAACGCACGUGAAAGCAGAAGAGAACCCAGGAAAGCAUAUAAUAGAUGUACAGAAGCCAAAGACAAGUGUCACGGAAAAUGACCAAAUAUGGUUAUUAGGUGUACAAUUCCCAUUUUAUAAAUUUCACUUUCACUACAUGCAGAGUCUUGAAGAAUACAUAUUGUUUGACAAAAACUAAAGAAGCGAAAAAAGAAAGAAAAAUUAAAGUUUUCUCUCUUUAUGUGUUUCUUGUUUUUGUUAUAAAGUGUUAGUUGCUGCUGCCUCCACAAACACCCCAUAUCUCCCGUCUUCUUCACCACGUGGUUUUGCAUCUUCUAUACCGGUUACUUAAAGCCCAUAACCUUCUUCCACUAUAAUUCACCAUUCUUUCUCUCUUCGACCUAUCUCAUCUUAUUUUUCACUUACUGGUUUCUUCUUCUCUUCUAAUUUGCCAAAAUUUUAAUUGCUCUGUUUAAAUUGAAUUAAAGCUAAACAAUUUUGUUGCUUUUCAAUGUAAAUUCAUCACCAAGACUCCCUUUUAUCUCAUUUUCCUCAGCUGGGCUGUUCUUGUUUCUGUUCUUUAAAUUGGACUACUCCCAAUUUAGUUAAAAUAUUUCGUGUUUUACAAUAUAAUUCACUAACCCCAAGCCUCUCUUACGUCUUCAUUUGUCCUUUUCCUGAAAUUUGGGUUGUUCUUAUUUCUGUUCUUUACAUUGAAUCAAUCCCAAUAAUUCAUUUUUUCUUGUUUUGCGAUACAAUUCUCUUUAAAUUAUUUGUUUCUCAUUUUCUUGAAGUGGGCUGUUCUUAUUGUUGAUGUUGUUGUUGAAUUUUAAUUCUUUUUUCAAAAAAUAUUCCAUGGCUUUAAUUCUUUGGUUUCGAAAAUUAUGCUACGUAGAGCUUGUAAAGUUCCAAUCAUUUGAAUUCCAAAAAUGUGAAAAGAAAGAGGAAAUUGUUUUCCCUGAAACCAAAAACAAUGCCUUAGAAACUAAAAAUAGAAGGACUAAAAGAAAGCCAAGAGAAUGGAGUUGCAUAGAUACUUGUUGUUGGAUAAUUGGGUAUAUGUGCACUAUUUGGUGGCUUCUAUUGUUCUUGUAUCACUGUUUACCGGCCACAUUGCCCGGCUUUCAAGUCCCAGAGUCACCUGGUGCAAGACUUAAAAGAGAAGGCUUGACUGCUCAACAUCCAGUGGUUUUGGUGCCAGGCAUUAUAACUGGAGGGUUAGAGCUUUGGGAAGGCAAGCCUUGUGCAGAAGGUCUUUUUAGAAAGAGACUUUGGGGUGGCACUUUCUCUGAACUGUUCAAAAGGCCAUUAUGUUGGUUAGACCACUUGAUUUUGCAUAAUGAGACUGGUCUUGACCCACCUGGCAUUCGAGUCCGAGCAAUUCCAGGGCUGGUUUCAGCUGAUUAUUUUGCUCCAGGAUACUUUGUUUGGGCUGUUCUGAUCGAGAAUCUGGCAAAAAUUGGUUAUGAAGGGAAGAAUCUGUAUAUGGCAGCCUACGAUUGGAGGCUAUCUUUUCAGAACACAGAGAUUCGGGACCAGGCUCUUAGUAGAUUGAAGAGUAAAAUAGAGCUAAUGUAUGUAACAAAUGGUUAUAAGAAAGUGGUAGUGGUUCCCCAUUCUAUGGGGGUUGUCUAUUUUCUUCACUUCCUUAAAUGGGUUGAAACACCUCCUCCAAUGGGAGGAGGUGGUGGUCCAGGUUGGUGCAGCAAGCAUAUCAAAGCAGUCAUGAAUGUGGGUCCCACAUUUCUUGGUGUUCCGAAGACAGUUAGUAAUAUACUCUCCGGCGAGGGCAAAGACAUUGCGCUCUUCAGAGCUAUGUUUUCUGGUGUUUUGGAAUCUGAACUUCUCGGACUUCAGACACUCGAACAUGUACUGCGAGUGACUCGAACAUGGGAUUCAACUAUGUCAUUGUUGCCUAAAGGAGGAGAGACUAUCUGGGGUAACCUGGAUUGGUCUCCCGAAGAAGAGGAAGGUUGUGACUUGUCAAAGAAGAAAUCCUUGCCAUCCUCUGGGAAUGACAAUAGUAGUGAUGCAAAGAAAAGAUUUCAGGUUCAAGAAUCAGUUAACUAUGGAAGGAUAAUUUCUUUUGGCAAGGCAGCAUCAAAAUUACCGUCUUCGCAGCUUCCCUCUUUUGAUUCAAAGCAUUGCACUACAGCUAAUUGGGGGAAAAGGUCUUCCUAUGUCCAAUUCAUGGAUUGGAAAGUUAAGCCUAGACUGCCAACUAUGCUUAAUUUGAACGAGCUGUGCCUAAUGCCAGAAUUUGUUGGUGCCGGUGGCGAUAAGAAUUCGGGGUCAUCAUGUGGGGAGGUUUGGACUGAAUAUGAUGAGAUAAGUAGGGAAACCAUAAGAAAAUUUGCAGAAAAUAAAGCUUUUACAGCUACAACCGCUCUUGAUUUACUUCGUUCUGUGGCUCCAAAGACAAUGCAACGCGGUGAGGCUCAUUUCUCUCAUGGGAUAGCUGACGACCUCGAUGAUCCUAAAUAUGAACAUUACAAAUACUGGUCCAAUCCUUUAGAGACAAGGUUACCUAAUGCACCGGAUAUGGAGAUAUACUGCUUAUACGGUAUUGGAAUUCCCACCGAAAGAUCGUACGUGUUCAAGCUAUCGCCUAAAGAUAAGUGCAAGAGCAUUCCAUUCCGAAUUGAUACCUCAGUUGAUGUAGAAGAGGGCAGUUGCUUUAAAAAAGGAGUAUCUUUUGUAGAUGGAGAUGAAAGUGUGCCUGUACUAAGUGCAGGCUUUAUGUGUGCUAAAGGUUGGAGAGGGAAAACUCGGUUUAACCCGUCCGGAAGUCCUACAUACGUAAGGGAGUAUCGACACAAACCGCCUGCUAGCCUGCUUGAAGGAAGAGGUAUAGAAAGUGGAUCACAUGUAGACCUUAUGGGAAACUAUGCUUUUAUAGAAGAUAUACUAAGAGUUGCUGCUGGAGCCAAUGGUGCUGAUAUUGGAGGUGAUCAGAUUUAUUCAGACAUCAUCAAAAUGUCCGAAAAAAUAGAUCUUCCAUUAUGAUUACCCAUAAUGAAAGGAGUUAAUCGGAGCGAGGAUGAGUGAGAGAGAACUAACUAUUUAUAGAGGUUUUGUUCAUAACUAUGUUAUUUUGCCUACCAUGAAAGAGUCAUGAGAGUGUGGGAUUGUGAUUUAUGAGUGUAUAUACACAUGAGCAAGGCAAAACAAAGUAUUGGCUGCCUUUGCUUUUUUGGUUCUCAAUAUUGUAAUUUAUCUUGGCUUUUGUGAUAAUUGUCCUCAUUUCCACCACUGCAAUUUCCAGGAAAUGCAUAUUUUCUUUCAACUCA